CGGCUUUUAACUCUUCGCUGUCACUUUCGCUGCGUGACCGCUCUUCAGGAAGUUGCAAUACAUUUUCCAGGUUUAUUUACUACCCCGAAACACGUUGUCUGCAAUUUUCAUUUCAACGUUGUGCCUUCAUGUAUGUUUUUCAUGAAAACUGAAAUCGACAUAAAGAAGUUCCUACAGCUUUCCAAAAAGAUCAGUCUGGUGCAGCCGAGAACUAUGUUUGGACGGAGUACCCAGAAAGGGAAGUCUACGAGCAAAAAUAAACCACAGUCAGUAGUCAGUUGGAAUAUUAGCUUUGAAAAUAUGCUUGAAGAUCCCGCGGGACUGAGAGUUUUUACGGAAUUUCUAAAACGAGAAUUUAGUGGCGAAAACAUUAUGUUUUGGAUUGCGUGCAAGCAGUACAGUAAAUUGACAGACAGGUAUCAGAUGAUCAGAUUAGCCAAAGAUAUUUACGACCUUCACCUACGUCCAGGGGCUCCCGAAGCAGUUAAUAUCAACAGCAAGACUCGGCAGUAUGUACUUAGCAACUUGUCCAAUCCACCAAGUGAUCUUUUCCAUCGAGCAGAAAGAGAAGUUUUCACACUCAUGAAAUUUGAUUGUUAUCAGAGAUUCUUAAAAUCUGAUUUAUUCGUGGAGUGUUUGACUGCAGAAAAAUUGGGAAAGCCUCUUCCGUGCAAUAAUGUAGAAGGUUCCAAAAGUCCAUCCGGAACUCGCUUUCGAAGUAAAAGUCGAGACAGGCAUCGAAUACAUCCAAAGAAAGCCAAUUCUACAAAUUACGGCAGUAGUAAUAACAAAUUGAACGCAAUUAGUGAUGAUGGUAAUUCAACUACAAGAAGAUCUUUCUUAUCUUGUAAAAAAGAUAUCAAUGCAGUUUGGAAUAGAUUACAGCAAAGAAUGGAUGAUCAAAGAGGCACUGAGUUGCAAUGUGAUAUUCCCGAAUUUUUACGGUGUCCCCAAGAAUCAAGUUCAGUCAUUUGAAAAGCUCACUAUCACGAAAAAAAAAUUAUCACAUGAAAUGAAACUAUACACGUUUAAAAUACCACUAAGAAGUGACGUUACAAAACAUUUGUCAUAAUUUAUCAGUGUUAAUCUUCGUGUUGAACACUUUAGAAAAAGUUUUAUGAAACUCUUUAUGUAUCAUUUCCUGCCAACAUGUGACAGAAGAAGAAAAGAGAGAAAUGACAUAGCAUAAUACUGGAAAUGAGUACCAUAAAAUGUCCCAUUUAAGUAGUAAUUUUUUAAAAAAAUUUACCAGGGCAUUAUAAAAGUUGUGCUACAACGGCAUUUACAGGAUUUCUUGUGUUGUUUAAAUUUUAUUUGGACUACUGAUGUAUCUGUGAAAUGAACUCCUCAUAUUUUACUUUCUGAAACGUUCAACUACUUUAUUUCAAACGCAUAUAAUUUCAUGUAUAACUUUGCUUAAAAUAAGC